AUGGAACAACCAGAACUUGGUGUAGUAGAAGAUGAUGUUGAAAGCUUUUUGGGGGAGCUUUCCCCAGCGGUUCUAGCUGCUUUGAAGAGACCAAGCUUUAUAGAUGGGUUAGACUUGGAGCCAAGAAGACAAUACACGCUUCAAGUCAACGGUCAGAGAUUGAAAGACCUUGCCGGAGCCGAUCGACGCUUGGUGGUCUCUUGGACCACCGGAGGCCCGAAGCGAUGGUCCAUCGCGCUGAACUUGGGACUGUCCAUCCGGAAGAAUGCGCCAGAGUUGGAAGCGAUCUUUGUGUUCAUUGCCUUGGAUCCAGAUGCUUUGGAAAGAGCAGAGGCCGCUGGGUUCAAUGCGGUGCUGCAGGAUCGGAGUGGCUUUGGAGGGGAUUUGGAAGAUGAGAUUUGGAAGAUGCGCUGGCUGAUUCAGACCACCUGCGUGGCAUUAGGUUUGGAGGUGCUUGUUGUGGACUCAGACAUUGUAAUCCUGUCGAACCCCUUCCAGCACUUCUAUCAAGAUUCAGAUAUUGAGGCCAUGACCGACCACUUUUUCCCGGCCAAGCACUUGUGGGCCACGUGGUUGCGUCCAGCUGAACACAUCAAUACAGGAUUCUUGUUCAUUCGCCCAUCCACAAGAGUUCUUGAAUUCUUGGUGGAAUUCAUCGAUGCUCAUUACUAUUCCUAUGAAGGACCGACUCUGCGAGACGGGAUGGAUCAGCGGGUCUUCAACAAGUUUGUCAUGAGCAAAAUGGAGAAGCGAGCACACCUGCCCUGUGUCAUUAGCCGAUAUGAAAAUAUGACAUUCGCCGGCUUGGAUUGGCAAGGUCAGACGACGCGUUUCUUGCCCAGAGAAGGAUGGACGGCGCACGGCACUACUCGAGGCUGCGGAGUGUCCUUGCGUCUCUUGGACCCUGUCUGCAUCUCCCAUGGCAUGAACUACUUUUGGCGGAAGGCGUACAAGCUUGGGCACUGUGGUGGCAAAGCUGGCAAUUUACCAGCGGUGGUACACGUCAACGGAGUCGAUCCAAAGAUGUAUUUUCUGCGUGACAGAAAUCUCUGGUAUGUGGACGAUUGGGAUCAGCGCUUUGACAAGUCCUCCGCCUUCUUGAUGUAUGACCACCCAAGGGGUCUUACAUUGGCAGACGAUUUCGAGGUUCUCGUUGCUGCAAUUGAACUCGGGGCAUAUUUCCGACGUCGUGUGGUACUGCCGGACACAAUGAAUUGUGCCAACAGCCCUACCUUCAACAUUUACAACCUCAGCACAACGAUGGCGGAUGAACCCGGCUGUACGUACGACUAUUUUGCACAUGCAAACGGCUUGUAUGAAGUGUACUCGAGAGUGAAGCCCUACAGCAUUGAGGCAGGGCUGAAGCGUGAGCCGCGCUUCCAGCAGCUCUCGGUGAGGAACAUCUCAUCCUUGGAACUUCGUAGAGCCAUCAAAGAGGAGCUGCAGGACACGAAGCGCGUCGCCUUUGGCCCUGCACAAGUCCUUCGUAUCACCGAUGAUGUCCGCGAUUUGCGAGAUGGUCUACGAAGCGGGCAGUUUGGUCUUCGGAUGAACCGAGAGCGUGUUUUCAGUUGUGCCUAUCAAGAACCACUGAUUGGUGCCAUGGCAUGUUUGGAUGAGCCAUACGUGGAGGAAUUUGGUGUCGAUGCCAUGUGUGAUGCACAGAAGUUCAAGCAUGGAUGUGGGCCAGUUGGAAUUUGCUGCUGUUGGCCAUUUUGGGGGUGGGGUGAAAAGCUACAAUACUUCACCGGAGUUCCAUGGGAUUUACCUUGCAACUGUGGCCUUUCGGUCUGCGAAGCCUAUGAGCGCGAGCAAUCCCACGUCGAAAGCUGCUGUCGGCAUACUGGGAGCACCGCGUUGUUUCCGGUCACAGACCCAGGGGUCUUCUACUGCAAGGGUAAUGGCAGCUGGUCUGGCCCAACGGGAGCAGAGGACAGCAAUACCUACACCUCUCAAGCUUUGAUCGAAUUCGCAGCCCAGAAGCGUUCUGCUUCUCAAAGCUUUCGGACCUGUAGUUUGGAUCGUUUGUUGCGACGGGGUGAUGCCUUCCAGGAGACCACUUUGAGGUCAUGCAACCUCCAGUUCAGUUCCUACUUGCUGCGACGGUUCAUGUGGCCACAGCUGCGCAUUUGGUGGGACUGGGUCUUUCAUGAACGUCGAUCUCUUCAAAAUGCUUCCAAGCUCAUCGCCAGCAUGGAGGGCCCGCUGACGACGGACAACACUGGCUUCUCCGCCGCCAAGCUGGCGCAUGACUUGGAGCAGUUGGAGUUUGUGGCUGCCACUGAUGAAGGUGCUGCGACUGUCAUGGAGGCAUUGCCAGCCUUUCGACGACUGUCCGAAGGCUUUCAAAGGUUUCAAGAAGCUGCACUUUCUCGUGAACAAGUGCAGCUGCAGUUUCAAGAGGUUCGCCCAUACUUCAACCGGGCGCUGCAUGUGCCGGACCUUGCUCAACAAAGACCAGGCGGCCUCUUCACGCAAGACUUGGAUUGGGCAGGUGCUGAAGCCGCGCUUCGCCAGAAAGGAGUGGCCAUCUUGGACGGAGUGUUGACAGAGAAGGCUUUGCGAUUGGUCCACCGCUGGCUGAGCGUGUCCACUGUUUGGUUUCAAUCACUGCAGGAGGGGAAAAUGAUGAAAGCCCAGCUACGUGAUGGACUUCAUGGAGAGCCCGGCCUCCGACUGGUGCAGGAACUCCAAGAACUUCUCCCUCGACUCUUGGGACAACAAGCCUUGUUGGACCUCAUCGCAUAUCGCCACGGUCCACGCAGCCAGGGUCUAGCUCCACACUGUUUGGACGGUUUUCUCGCUGUGAUGAUGUGGCUGGGCGAUACAGCUGGCAGCUCAGUGACCAUCAGCGAUCUUCGGAAGACCACAGAUAACCAUUGCAGCAGUCUUUACGCGCGGGUGGGACCUGCCCCUUCUUCAACCUUAGACGAUUUUCUAAGCUCCCAUGACAUCCCACUCGUCCCACACAUGGGUGAAGAGAUUCCUUGUGAAGAAAACCGUGCGGUGAUUCUGCGGACUACCCACGCAGUGACCACAUCGCACGUGCGACGGCAGAGAGCCUUUGACCGACAUCCAGUCGAUCUGAUCCUACUUUUUGGCGAAAAUCAUGCUGAAAAGAAGGAUCGUCAAGGAACCAGGGACCGUUUUCUUCCUACCUUUGAGGGCAAGACUGACUCAUGGGGUGGGCACUACUACGCACAGGAUCACGACCAUCGAUGA